UUUCUUCUCCGGUGGAAGAAAAUUGAUUAAGAAGAACAAAUUUUGCCAAUCAACGUAUAUGCCAUAUUUAUGUAACUUAUUAACUUGUGAGUCUGUUGUAAGAACUGCAACACAGCCGUCCAGGACGAGCGCCGCCGAUGAACUCGUGGCUCGAUCAACGGAGGAGAAACCAAGGCUAGAACAUGCGACGACAAACCCGACAGGAUUAACCCUCUAAGCCUUGUCUCCAGACGGAGCAAAGUGAAAACCUCGAAUGAACGUCUCCGCAAGUCCUUGUCACCACAUACAAUAAAAUGAGACGAAAAGUAUACUAGUUAAUCGGAAACGAGAGCAACAUCAAAGGGUCUUGAUUCGUAUUUUUCCAUGGAAUAAUCUUUCCAUCCCAACCUCCUAGUCAGUCAACGAAGCCGAAGCUCCCUCCAGCUUUCGUCUACCUAACCCGGCCUGUAUCAGAAUAUAUAUGUUUAAUUACUUGAGCAAUUGAUCUUCUCUUGACCCAGAGAAUCAUUCAGUGAAGCGAAGGCCAUGGCGUUGAAGGUGCUUUCGGCGCUGGACACUGCUAAAACGCAGUACUAUCAUUUCAAAGCGAUUAUAGUCGCCGGGAUGGGCAUGUUCACCGACGCCUAUGACCUCUUUUGCAUUCCGCCGAUCAUGCGACUGAUCGCGCGCAUAUACUACCAGGACGUUGGAAAAGAAAAAGGCCCGCCCAUCUUCGUUAGCUCCCUAAUGGUGGGCAUCCCUCUGUUGGGCACGGUGAUCGGAAAGCUGGUGUUCGGCCGCCUCGGCGACUGCUUCGGCCGUCGGAGGGUUUACGGUCUGGCCCUGACGUUGAUGGUGCUGAGCUCUUUGGGGUGCGGGUUUUCGAUAUGCACAAAGCCGGGUUGCGUGUUGGCGAGUCUAGUAUUCUUCCGGUUCCUCCUCGGGAUCGGAAUCGGCGGCGACUACCCACUGUCGGCGACGAUCAUGUCGGAGUUCGCAAACAAGAGGACGCGUGGCGCGUUUAUAGCGGCGGUGUUCUCGAUGCAGGGGCUGGGGAUUGUGGUGAGCAGCACCGUCACCAUGGUGGUGUGCUUGAUCUUCGAGGCGGCGACGAACCCGGGGCCGAACCAGACUCCGAAGGUGGCGGCCGACUUGGCGUGGAGGCUCAUUCUCAUGAUUGGGGCUCUGCCGGCCGCCUUGACGUGCUACUGGCGUAUGAUGAUGCCGGAAACUGCCAGAUAUACAGCGUUGGUGGAGCAGAAUGUUAUUCAGGCAGCGAAGAACAUGGAGAAGGUGCUAGAUGUUUCCCUGAGCCAAAUCGCAGAGGAUGCCGAAUACCCACAAAACCCACCUCCAUCUUACCCCUUCUUCUCCAAACAAUUCUUCCGCCGCCACGGCCGCGAUCUCUUCUCUUGCUCCGUAUCCUGGUUUCUCGUCGACAUCGUCUUCUACAGUACCAACCUCGUCCAGGCCGAGAUUUACGGCAAGUACUUUCCCAACAGGCAAACGCAGAUUAAUCCCCACAACGUCAAUGCCUUUCGCGACGCCUUCAACGUCGCCAAAUUCCAAGCCCUGCUGGCAAUUUGCUCCACCAUCCCGGGCUACUGGGCCACCGUCUUCUUGAUCGAUCGCAUCGGCAGAGUCAAGAUCCAGAUGAUGGGCUUCUUUUUCAUGGCCCUCGCACUGUUCGCCAUGGGAAUCCCCUACGCCGCCUACUGGCACGACCACAUCAAAAACAAAGGAUUCCUGUUCCUCUACGGCAUCACCUUCUUCUUCUCCAACUUCGGACCCAACACCACCACCUUCAUAGUCCCGGCGGAGCUCUUUCCGGCAAGGUUCCGGUCCACGUGUCAUGGCAUUUCGGGGGCGGUUGGGAAGGUCGGAGCAAUAAUCGGGGCAGUGGGAAUUCUAUGGGCCGUUCAUCAGCAUGAAGACGCCGCCGACAGCUCUGACUUGAAAAAGACGCCGAUGUUGGUCGCGUUGCUGGUUCUAGGGGGAGUGUGCGUCGUGGGCGUGGUCGUAACCUACUUGUUUAUGUUCGAAACCAUGGGAAGAUCACUGGAGGAGAAUGAGAAGGAUGAGCCGACGGGUGAAAAUGAUAAUGUUUGCUUCUUGAGGUGUUUUAACACUGGUUGGUGCAUGGCCGGCCAGGGGUCUAAUUUCGUCCGUGAAGUUGGAGCUGAUUGAAGAAAACUUGACCGUGCAUGCUUUCCUACCAACCCUAUAUAUAUAUAUAUAUAUCUUCUGUUGCUUUUGUGUUACCUCUAUCUAGUUAAUUAUAGGUUUCGCCUUCUUGUACAGCUCCUCACUUCUCUAGUCUCAGAGUCUUAUCUAUAUAUAUAUAUAGCAUAUAUAUAUAGCAAGUAUUGUCUUUUCUUA